AUGACAACAUCGUCUGCAUCGUCCUUAGCGCUAACACCGGCUGCAUUAAGCAGCGCACGCAGUAAUGAUGCCAGCGUAUGUUGGACACCGCCUGCGUCAGUGGAGGGAUCCACGCCCACGUGGACGGAGGGCACCCCCAGCUUCACCGAGUCCAGUAGUAGUGAACAAGGCUACCCAGUAACACCAGCCCGCGGGGCUACUCCCUGCGAUGGGCGGCGCUCCCCGCGACCUCCGCCACCACCCGCCCGCGCCCCACCUACCACCAUCAACUGUCUCACCACCGAAGUGGUGGAACUCACCCAUAUGAGGAGAGAAAUAUCAAGAAUAGAAUGA